UAACCUUGGAGGACUUCAAGGAUUUCAAGUCACGCCUCGACGGCUUAGAUAUCCACGGACUUCAACUUUCCGGAAGAGACGAUAGCAUAGCAAUGCACUCGUACUACUCGCCGAGUCUAUACACUCCUCGGUUCGGCCGGAGAACAACCGAUGAUGGCUCUUAUACUCCACGAACGCGGUGUUCGAGUAUGACAUCAGAGACCCGCUCAAUCUGGCACACUAGUACGGCGGUGCCGUCAAAAAUUGAUCAAUCGCAGAGGAGUAAACCGAGCUCGAUGCGGCCUCCUGAGUAUGAUACGAUAAGACAAGAGCAGGUAUCGAACAAGGCACGAGCUAUCAGCUCCGCAACUGUGACCAUUGCAUAUCCUGGUCUUUCGUCAGACCCUUCGAUGACUAGACUGGGAGACCCAGAUUUUGUACAGUCUCAAAUCGAGAAAGCACAAGAAAAUAGCGUUGGCUUGACGAAAACGCCAGAGUGGCGCUUAUCCUCCAUCCCGAAGAACGAUUUCUUCACGUGUCCGAAGGAUUCAAGAUUCAUAGCCCCAGAAAGUGAUGUCUUCAGUGAAAGUCCCAAAGUCGUUUUCAGUCCAACACAGGUUGGUCGAGGUGCUCUCCCUCACCCGAACAGUCGGGGAGAUACUAUCGAGCGUGCUGCUGAUCUUUCUUCAUCCAUUCCUGGUACGUUGCACAAAGAACUGUUGCUUCCGUCGUUGCGCCGCUUGCCAAUUCUUCCAGUGACCACAUUUGUUGAGCCUCUAAAGCCGAAAAGGCUUCAACGUACGAGUGCGAGCUUCGGUCAUACAAAUGCCCUCGUGCAGACUUCGUCAGGGUCUGAAGGUGUUGCGCAACAGCAAAACGUCGAAGACACAAGAGAAUGUAUUCCUCAAGAUGAACCACAGGAGGAUGGGAGGCUGAUGCAACCAUUGAGUCAAUCUGACCAAAAUGUCCACGUUGAUGACAUUGAGAAUGACUCAACCUUUGAUAAUCUUCUCAUUUCAGUUUCUCACAGAGCAGAGAGGGCACGAGAAAUGAUCGAGCAAGCAAUCACAGAACGCAAGAAUUCCAAUGAAGCGCAGCCGCAAGGUCGAGGCGGCGAGGUCCGUCAAAAUUUGAACGAACAUGCUGUCGGUGACAGCAUUAUAACUGCUGCUGAUCAAGGAGUUCGCAUGCCUGCGCAUAAGGAGAGACCUAAACAUGACGCCCGUGAAGAGCCUUCCUUCAUCACACACCACCUCAGUCGUGAACCGUCCUCUCCAGCGCUGGAAUCCUCUCCCGACAUAACAAAGGGUCAAUCUCGCAGUUUGAGGAAGACUAAGCAAACGAGGAUCGUCACCACGUCGCAUUCAGGGUCACCUCGCGAGAGGCGAGCACACCGAGCGGAACUAACCUCACGCCCGACUCUCGAAGAAUCUAUGGCAAAGAAUCGCGCUUAUGAAGAAACAAUCGCGAAGCUCGUGAGACGCCUGGCGGAAGCUGAGAAGAAGAGUGAGGUCUAAUUCGUCAGAGAUGAUAAUCAACAGUGUGAGGGA